AUGGUCGACUCCUCCUCGUACGGGUUCUCGGUGCUCGAACGGAAUUCUCCCAUCUCCAAAGAUGGAAUCAGACUGGUUUCCACACCCAUCUCCAAAUACAACAACGACAACGAUAAUCUCUCGCCAGUGGACAUUACAGACAUGCUUCUGGCCAAAAACUUUGCCAGCAAUAACGUGUCAACGCCAAACCGUUCCUUGUCGCCAAAGAAAAACGGCUUGCAGUCGAUAUUGAAGAAUGGAUCGAACUCCAAUCGUAAGGAUAAAUCUAGUAACAAUGUAAAAAACGAAACACAGGAUUUCUCCAUAACGGAAUCGUUACUCAGAAAACACCCAGAGCUUAACUAUGCCAGUCGAAACGGUGACUUGAAUCCUGUGAAAUGUGCUCGUGUGAUAUUUUCGCCUACAAAGGAAAUUCUAUCGUACCGAAAGGAGUACUUGGAUGAUGUAUCCAACAGCGAAUUGGAGCUGAACACAAGUUACAAUAGUAGAACCAGAUCUAGAAUCAACAAAGAUAAAAACCGAGGUAGCAGCGGCUUAGACUUGACUAACGAACUGGAACUGAAUUUACAUUUGAAUUUGAACGAAGAAAAAGUGAGAAAAAACAAUAACGAGUUUGGGGAAUCAUCUGAAAAUCGUAAACAGUCGUUCGCCGCGCAGUUGGUUACCGACCCGGCCAUCCCAUAUGUGCUUUCAUUGUAUCUCCAGUUGUUUUUCAACUUGCUUCUCAUCUCUAUUGUACUCUACUUUGUGUUCAUAUUCAUCAAAACCAUCCGCGCCGAUAUCAACCACAAACUCGAGGUGUAUAUUCUGAACGCAUUUGCGGAAAUAGCCAAAUGCGAGCGUGCCUACCAAAGAAAUAAUUGCAAUAGAAGAGCUCCACUACUUGAAGCAAAAUGUACAGAAUGGGAGAAGUGCAUGAAUAGCGAUCCGCAACUCAUAGGCAAGUCUAAAAUAACGGCCGAGACUUUUGCUGAUAUCGUAAACGGCUUUAUCCGACCCAUCAGCUGGAAGUCGCUAGUAUUCUUGGUCUGUCUUAUCUUUGGCAGUUUACUUGUCACCAACUUGGCGUUUGGGAGCUAUCGCAAUUCAUCGCUGCACAUGAGAUCAAAAGACGCAAAAAAGUUGGAGGAGUUAGAAAAUCGUCUCAAGCAACAAGCUACUCUUUUGUCGAAAUACCAGAUGCAAGAUAUCCUACAAGAGCAGCUGGAACCUCCAAGAGACUUUUCGAGAUUGCAAUCUCCACAUUCGCAAAUGGUUGUAAGGUCGAGUGCUUCGCUGUAUCUCACGGCGAACGAUACCAGCAAUACCAAUAAUAAUAGUACCUUCAACUCGUCUCCACUUCUCCAAAGGAGGCAGAAGUAG